UGGUCUCUUUAUGUGUGCGGCGACUGAAACCAAAAGCACAGCCUUUUGGUGUGUGUUUGUAUGUGUGUGUGUUUAUUGACCGCAACGCUGAACUGAGGAAAAAAAAAAGGUGGAGGCUUCAAGGAUAAAUGUUGUGACACCAGCAACAGGUAGAGUUGCUUUUACAUUCCUAAGCUAGUGAUACAAGAACACGUUUGUUCCCAGAGGAAGUACGGAAGUUGUCAAACGCCUCUCUUAGAGCCAUCAUGUCGUUUUACAGCCGGGAGUAUCGGUGAAUGUACCGCGAGGUUUGUGAAUCAUUUAAUGCUGCCGAGAUUUUUGUUUUGGUUGAAUCCAGAGAGGAAGCCUUCUGCAUCUGCAUUCAGCCCCCACUCAUCAUGCCCGUCCACAAGAGGCAGCCCAGUAUCGAACUUCUGGAAUUUAUGGGAGUGGUGAAAGAAAAUGGAAAUGACCAGACAUCACUUCCUCCUGUGCACACUCCUCUCUCGUACGACUAUGUCCUAGUUGCAAAAACCAUCGAUUGCCAGCAGAGAGAGGCGUUCAAGAAACAAACAGAAUAUAUUGAAGAGCUGAAAAAGAAGAACUUGAAAGUCACUAAAAUUAUAGACGAUGAUCUGGUCUUUUACGGGAUUCAAGCGCCCAAAGAAAUAUUUGAGAAGUACAGGUAUCUGCUCAAAGUGUCGGAUGCUUGUAACUGGAGCUCGGAUCAGAACGUUGUACCGCUCAGCACCAGGAUAAGGAUUGUCCACUUCAUCUUGAAUCACACCCCUAUACGUUCAGGAGAGAAUCUGCGGAAUCUUAUGGCGAUGAAGGUUUUUGAGGCAAGAUUCUGCUUGCAUGAGAAAAGGAAGCAGAGAGAGCUGAAGGAGAGCUGGGCACGAUGGACAGCCUGUCUCCAAGGGCAACCCAUAACUGCUGUCAGGAACUACUUUGGGGAGAAGGUGGCCUUGUACUACCUGUGGCUGGGCUGGUACACAUAUCUGCUCAUUGCUCCCGCUCUCAUCGGGGCCAUAGUUUUCCUUUAUGGUCUCGCCUUCUUUAACAGCUCGCCUCUCAUAAAGGAGGUGUGCGAGGCUGACACAGUCAUGUGUCCGCUCUGUGACAAGAGAUGCAAAGUGUGGCAGCUCUCCGACACCUGCACGUAUGCUAAGGUCAGCCUGCUGUUUGAUAAUGAGGGCACGGUGCUCUUUGCAAUGUUCAUGGCAGUGUGGGCAACACUGUUUUUGGAGUUCUGGAAGAGACAUCGUGCUUCUUAUGUGUGCGAAUGGAAAGUGUCCGAUUGGUGUGAAGAGGAGGAGGAACUGAUUUUGGAGAUAGUGAACAACGCUAACUGUGAACCAAAAAAGUAUAAACACUCCUAUCUGCGCAGUACUCUGGUUCUGAUCUGUGUCACUAUUAUGAUACUAGUGAUCAUCGGCCUCACACAUGCCCUGGUGGUGUUCAGGGUGAUUGUAGCAGUGCUCCUAGCUGAAGGAUCAUGGGAGUUCCUGAGCAAUCACUCCAACAGUGGGGCCAUGAUGCUGGGGGCGGUCUUCCAUUACCUCAUCAUCACGAUCAUGACAAGGGUCAACAGGAUAGUAGCCAUGAAGCUGUGUGACAUAGAGGAAACCUCGUUUGCUACCACAGAGAAGAGUUUCACAGUCAAGAUGUUCACCUUCCAGUUCUUUACCUAUUUCUCCUCCCUCUUCUACGUCGCUUUUUUUCUGGGCAGGAUAAAUGGGCAUCCAGGUGGAUAUGUCCGAAUUGCAGGGAAAUGGAGGUUAGAGGAAUGCCAUCCCAGUGGGUGCCUCACAGACCUAUUCAUCCAAAUGGCCAUUAUAAUGGUGCUCAAGCAAACCAUCAGUAAUGUCUUUGAGUUCGCUGGCCCCUGGUUCUCCAGGUGGCUGAAGAGAAGAAACACAAAGAAGCUGCAGAGGAAGUGCGCUCACUGCUACCUGAAAGACGAAUCGGAGGGUAAAUACGGAGCUGAACUGUGUGAAAACUGCAAGCUUCGAGACUGGCUCGGCAACUACCGGCUGAAUGACGUCGACUCCUUCAGCCUGUUCCAUGAGUUCCUGGAGAUGGUGAUCCAGUUCAGCUUUACCACCAUAUUUGUGGCAGCGUUUCCUCUUGCUCCUCUGCUCGCCCUCAUUAACAACAUCAUUGAGAUUCGCUUGGAUGCGAUCAAAAUGGUCACUCUGGAGCGCAGACUUGUUCCAAAGAAAACAAACGAUAUUGGUGUGUGGAUCAACGUGCUGGAGGCCAUUGGGGUAUUAGCUGUCAUUGCUAAUGGGCUGGUCAUUGGUGUUUCUUCAGACUUCAUUCCUCGACUGGUGUACCGCUACCGCUACGGCCCAUGUGCAAACGGCACUGUGACAGAUAUCGACUGCAUGGCUGGUUACAUCAACAACUCCCUCUCCAUUGCACGAAUGGAUGACAAAAACAUACGAAAUGAGUUUUCGUCUUAUCAGAUGGUCGCUCCCAGUGGACUGAACGUCUCUUACUGCAGCUACAAAGACUACAGGAGCAACCAGGACUACAGUCUGACCCCACAAUACUGGCUAAUAUUAGCCGUACGCUUUGCAUUUGUCAUCCUGUUUGAGCACGUUGUUGUCAUAUGCAAGUUCAUUGCAGCCUGGUUUGUACCGAGCGCUCCCAUCCAGGUCAAGAAUGACAGACUCUUUGAUAGACUCAAAAGACUAAAAGAGGAGCUCAGUUCAUUUGAAGCGUGACCCCACUCAGACCCUUAAAUGUUUCACAUUUUCCAAGGAGGACAUGAACCCAGUGUUGCCUUGUUCACUAAGGUUUCCGACUAACACAGUGUUGAGUCCACUUUAAAGCCAUUAAUCAUCUCUACAGAGUUCAGAUGGAGGCUCUCACUCUCUUUAGUUGUUUACAGUUGAAUGUUAAGUGCUGCUACUUUGAUCCUCAGCUAUAAAAUGGACUUUGAAGACAGACAAGUUGUGCUGUUUCUGAUUUUACUGAACAUGUCUUUCAUGAGAUUAUUCUAAUUCUAUUUUAAGAAUGCACAUUUAGCUUAUAUUUGGAUCUCUAUAUUUGUGAGACGUAUGUGAGUGUUUUUAAUUGAAGCCAAACAUAAUUUAUACUGCUUUUGCACUUACAAUAAAGAGUGUUUGCUACAAUGCUGCCUUAUAAUGUAAAUAAGCGCUGUGAUGAAUGUCAGUACUGCAUUCUGAUGGUGUCUUUAGUAAAUCAGAUAUAAGAAUGUUUUGCAUUGUAAUAUUUUAUAUUAUUGAAUAAAAGAGGAAACUUUUGG